AUGUUACGUAAUAGCGAUGCGAAACGUUACGCACUUCCGAUGCGAAACGUUACGCACCUCCGAUACGCAACGUUACGAACCUCCGAUACGCACCUCCACUACGAAACGUUACAAACCACCGAUACGAAACGUUACGAACCUCCGAUACGCACCUCCGCUACAAAACGUUACGCACCACCGAUACGAAACGUUACGAACCUCCGAUACGAAACGUUACGCAUCACCGAUACGAAACGUUACGCACCACCGAUACUAGACGUUAGGAAACGUUACGAAACGUUACGAACCUCCGAUACGCACCUCCGCUACGAAACGUUACAAACCACCGAUACGAAACGUUACGAACCUCCGAAACGAAACGUUACGCACCACCAAUACUAG